AUGGAGGCACGAGAAGCAGCACAAUAUGGAAAUCUGCCAUUGUUGAUACAUCUCCUUGACACUGGAGCAGUUUCUCCUUGUUGGACGGACGCGGAUGAGUGCUCGUUGCUGCAUUGGGCAUCAAUCAAUAAUCGAUUAGAGGUAGCCGAUUAUCUGAUCUCUCGGGGAUGUCGAGUGAACGCAGUUGGCGGUGUCCUUGCCUCGACACCGCUUCAUUGGGCCGCUCGACAAGGGCACAUUCGAAUGGUAGCACUUCUGGUGAGACGCGGCGCUGAUCUACUUGUGAGAGAUGUUGAAGGUUUCACCGCACUUCACGUGGCUGCUCAAUUCGGAUGCACUCCGGUGGUGGCCUACUUGAUCGCAAUCGGGCAAUCGAUCGACUGCAGCGAUGUCACGCGGAUGACCCCAUUGAUGUGGGCUGCGUAUAAAAUAAAUCAAGUGGAUCCUUUGAAACUUCUGCUGACUCUUGGCGCCGAUCUUGAAAGAACUGAUUUGACCUAUAGCAAUACGGCACUCCAUUGGGCAGCUCUACAAGGCAACUCAACGGCUAUCAAUUUGUUAGUGAAAGCUGGAGCUGAUCUCACUUGUACAAAUCGAGACAACGAAACAGCACUGGAUAUCGUUUUACGGAGAAAUGACAUUAUUUCGAUGAAGAUGCUCCAAAGGGAAGCAAGAAGGAAAGGAUUCAUUUCAUCAACGUUUCGACAAAGAUUAGCUGAACAUCCGAUAACCGCUCCUCGUGCCCUGUGCAUUCUACCCUUUUUCAUCUACUUAAUCAUUGCAACAAUCGCCCAUCUCAACGUUGAAACUCCUCUGAAAUUAAUGGCCGUUGUCGCCUUUGCUCUUCUCCUCAAAAUGUCUUUACCAAAAUUCGCCUCCGAUUACUUUAAUUCAAUACUGCCUGUUAGUGUUGCUCUUUCCACAAAGGUCACUAUCAUUCUCACGUGGUUCUUCUAUCUUCAAGCGAUCUCAUCUUGGUACAUGCAAAUUGCGUUCACUGUCAUCAUUUUCGUUGUUCCGUUCAUUUUCAUCUCGUUAUGCUACUCGGAUCCCGGAUUUAUUCAACCAAACUAUAAAGAAAGAUGUGCUUCGAUAAUUCGAAUAGCUGAGGGUCAUGGGUCAAAUAAUGAUGUUUUCUGUCCAUCAUGUUUAAUCUUUCGAGCCCCACGGAGUAAGCAUUGUGCCCGAUGUGAUCGAUGUGUGAAACGUUUCGAUCACCAUUGUCCGUGGGUUUCGAAUUGUAUUGCUCGAGAGAAUCACCGAACAUUUCUUCUCUAUCUCAUUCUUUUAGUCGCCUCCACAGCACUCUAUUCGUUCUCCGUCUUGAUCUAUUUCCAACAACUUUGCGGGAACACGAUAGAGGAGAUUUUGGAGUGCAAUCAGUGGAUCGUUUUCACGUUGAUCAUUGCUGUUUGUGUGCUUGUGUGGACGGGUGCGAUGCUUGUCUUGCAAUUCUAUCAAAUUAUGCUCAACGUGACGACAAAUGAGCGAUUAAACAUUGAUCGAUACCCACAUAUCGUUUAUGGAUCAACAAAAUUGCACAUAAAGAGCCCAUACUCGCAAACUUGCACUCAAAACGUUCGGGAGUUUGUUUUCGCCGAUCGCGAGUUGCUUCAA